AUGAACCGCCGGGCUCACAAAAAGUCGAGGAACGGCUGUGUUGAGUGUAAACGCAGGCACAUCAAGUGCGAUGAGACCCGCCCCAAGUGUAAAAACUGCACCAUCAUCGAGCGGGAAUGCGUAUACAGGACGCCGCCCCCAGCGGCGGUGCCCGCAGCAGCCCCCGCGGUAGCACCCGGGAUCGGCGGCGCUGAGGGUGGUGCCGAAACUUUGCAUUCGGGUCCGAGUACGCCGUCUAAUACCGCCGGAUGCUCUCCCUUCGCCGACGGCUCCUCCGGGACGCCGGCUCAUCAGCAGCAGCAGCAGGGCGUGUCGCCCCUCGCGUUCCCGGACCCCUCCGUCACCCGCUCCGGGCCGCAGGUCAACAUGGAUCACAUGGAGCUCCUCCUUACCUUCAAGCUUGAGCUCAUCAUCCCGGAACUCGACGAGCAACUCCGCGAGUGGGGCAGCCGGAUCACGCUCAAGGCGGGCGUCGGCGCCCCCUACCUCAUGCACGAGAUCCUCUCCGUCUCGGCGCUGUACCUCUCCCGCGCCAGGCCCGACCGGAAACAGUACUACACGGAGCAGGCCGUCCAGCUGCAGAUGGAGGCCAUCUCCCUCUUCAACUCCUCCACGACCAGCAGCUUCGACAUUGACGACUCCAACUGCGUGCCCAUCACAAUGUUCACAUCCCUCCUCGGCCGCCACCUCUGCAUCGACGCCCUCGCCACCCCCGCCGCCGCCGGCCUCGAUGCCUUCCUCGACAGCUACCUCAACUUCGCCCGCCUCCGCCAGCGCGGCGCCCACGUCAUCCGCAGCGCCCGCGCCGCCCUCGAGAGCUCCGAGCUGCGGCCCUUCCUGACCUGGGGCCCGGGCCUGCAGGACCUCAUCGGGGAGGGCCACGCCUGCGACGGCCUGCAAGACCUGAUCUCCGCGGCGACGACCCUGGACGCAACCUCCGCCGCCGCGUGCAGGCGCGCCGCGGAGCUGAUCCAGGUGUCGUUCGACAGCUGGGAGGACCGCGGCAGCGUCCCCGGGCAGCAGCGCACGGUGCAGAUGAUCUUCACGUGGGCGUUCCUCGUGCCGGAGGAGUUCGUCGCCAUGCUGAGCGGCCGCCGCGCCGAGGCCGUCGCCGUGCUGGGGUACCACGCCGUCAUCCUCCACUUCGCGCGGGACAUGUGGCAGAUUGGCGCCGCCGGCGCGCAGCUGCUGACCGCGGUGGGGGAGCACCUCGGCCCCGGGUGGGAGGAGUGGCUCGCGUGGCCGCGCAGCGUUGUCUUUGGGCAGACUUGA